AUGAGCCAGCUCCAUUUCGACGCGUUGAUCGUCGGCGCCGGAUUCGGGGGCAUCUACCAGCUACACAAACUUCUUUCCCUUGGCCUCUCUGUGAAGGUUAUUGACUAUGCCAGCGACGUGGGCGGCACCUGGUACUGGAACCGCUACCCAGGAGCCAUGAGCGACACCGAAAGUUUCGUAUACCGAUAUUCGUGGGAUAAAGAUGACCUUCAAACCUACCCCUGGACUCACCAUUACGUGAAGCAGCCGGACGUGCUCGCAUACUUGGAACAUGUUGUCGAGAAGUAUAAUCUGAGGAAACAUAUGCAAUUUAACACGGAGAUGGUGGCUGCGGACUGGGAUGACGAGCUCGGCGUGUGGCGGGUCGAGGUCAGUACGGGCGAAGUGUUCGUGGUGAGGUUCCUUGUCACCGCGCUAGGUUUGCUUUCGAAGGCGAAUUACCCUGAUAUCCCGGGCAUUGAAGAUUUUCGAGGCGAGAUGUGCCACACUGCAAAAUGGAGGCCGGAGCUUGAUCUCACCAACAAGCGAGUUGCAGUCAUCGGAUGUGGCUCGACCGGUGUGCAAGUUAUUACGGAUGUUGCAGGGAAGGUCAAGACACUCACUUGUUUCCAACGACACCCCCAGUAUUCCGUGCCCAGUGGUGACGCUCCCGUGAGUGAAGAGUAUAGAGAGCACAUCAACGCUCAUUAUCCCGAGAUCAUGAAGCAGGUCCGCAACUCGGUGUGCGGCUUCGGCUUUGUCGAGUCAACCACCUCCUACCACUCUGUCCCACCAGAGGAGCGCGAACAGAUCUUCGAAGCACUGUGGCAAAAGGGCAACGGCUUUCGUUUCAUGUUCGGCGGAUUUAGCGACAUCGCCACAGACCGCGAGGCCAACGAGGCUGCUUGUGCGUUCAUCCGCAAGAAGAUCGCCCAGACCGUUCGAGAUCCCCAUAAAGCGAAGAAAUUGAUGCCCCAUGAUUAUUAUGCCAGAAGGCCGUUAUGCGAUGGUGGAUACUAUGAGCAGUUCAACCGGGACAACGUUGCGAUUGUCGAUGUCAACGAGACGCCUAUUACAAAGAUCACAGCAACGGGGAUUGAAGUCAGCAAUGGGACGGUCCACGAGCUGGAUGUCAUCAUCUUCGCCACAGGCUUUGAUGCCAUCGAUGGGAACUACAAUCGAGUGCGAAUCCGAGGCCGCGGUGGCAAGACGUUGAAGGAGCAUUGGGAUCCUCGCGGCCCAACCAGUUAUCUCGGUGUCUUCGUACCAGGGUUUCCCAACUUGUGCAUGAUCACUGGUCCCCAAGGACCUUUUAGCAACAUUCCCCCGGCCAUCGAAAUCCACGUCGAGCUCAUCUCGCAGAUGAUCGCACGCGCCGAAGAGAAUCGCCGGCUGAGCGGUGACCUCCAGGGGCGCAAGAACGUCAUCAUCGAAGCGCUCCCCGAGGCCGAAGAAGACUGGCUGCAGCAGUGCGAACGUGCAGCUGAAGGAAGUCUGUUCAAGGAAACCGCCUCAUGGAUCUUCGGCAACAAUGUCAAGGGCAAGAAGAUUGCGCUGAGGUUCUACUUCGGCGGACUGGCCAAAUACCGCGAAGCUGUGCAGGCCAUGAUCGACGACCGAUACCGCGGCUUCCAGCCUCUGGAGGACAAAGGGCAUCAAAGCGAGGUCCACGAGGUUGACCAAACACAUGGGCAUGUGCCGAUUGAUGACAAUAUCGCAAAUAUCUCCGUCCCCGUCUCCGUCUCGUCGGAAUUGGUCGAGGCUUAA